AUAUUUUUUUGUCUGUGUUCCGUUUAUAUUUAAAAGAAGAUUGUUGCAGAGCUCAGAGCAAUGACUGAUGCUAAGGAAACCUCGUGUAGGCUUUGCCUUAAAACUAUAACAGAUAAAAGUUUCGAAGUGAUAGGCAACAUUAUCAGAGACAUUCUAGAUGUUCUUUUGCUGAAAUUGAAAUUUGAUAGCGAGACCAAAGAGGUUAUCUGUAAGGAUUGCAGAAGAAAGUUAAAUAUGGCAUUAGAAUUUAAGUCAACAUGUCUGAAUACGGAUAACACAAUUAUUCCUUAUGUGGAUAGCAAAAAAAUGUUACAGCUCGACUUAAGAGACGUGUACAUGCAGGAAAAGAAAAGUAACUUAGUAUGCAGUCAGAAGAUAUGUCGAUUGUGUAUGCACCCAGUAGAAAGUGAGUUUAGGUGUAUACGUGAAGAGGAACUUGGAGCUAUUGAAAAAUUGACACCUGAAAUGAAUAUAAAUAUCAUCAAAUAUCCCGUUGUGUGUAAGCCGUGCUUUGAUUCUCUGUGCAGUCAUAACAGUUUCCUAAAAGAUUGCUUAGAGGCAGGAGAAAAAAUUAAAAGCAUUUUUGAUAGUUCGGCCGCAGAAAGUCAAAUAGAUACGGCUCCACUUGACUUAUUCGUUAAGACCGAAAACUUGGACAAAGAAUUUGAUACUAACGAGGUGGAAAUGUCCAUCAAAGAUGAAAGUAUUGACAUAAAAUCGGAAGAGGAGGAAACAAGGUAA